GGCGGCGGCGGCGGCGGCGGCGGGCUGCGCUGGGGACGACGCGCUGCUCUCGGCGGCUGCGACAGCGGGCGCGGGGUCAGCGGACAGACGCGCGGGCCGACGAGCGGACAGGCGAGGUCGCGGCUGCACGCUUCCUUCAGGGCCGACAUGAACGGGUUUGCGGGAUUCGCCCCCGGCCCCAGCAGCCCCUCCAAGGAGCCCACGGCCCCGGGGGCGCCGCCCCAGGAGGACGUGGACAUGAGCAGCGGCUCGAGCGGAAACGAGGCCGCCCACGAGAACUGCUCCACAGGGCGGGACUCGCAGGGCAGCGACUGCGACGACAGCAGCAAGGAGCUGCGGAUGCUGGUGGAGCCGCCCGACGCCCAGGACAGUCCGGAUGCCUUUAGCCUGAUGCUGGCAAAGUCGGAACACAACCCAUCCACCAGCGGCUGCAGCAGUGAGCAGUCUGCCAAGGCCGACACGCACAAAGAGCUGAUCAAAACGCUCAAGGAGCUGAAGGUCCACCUGCCCGCUGACAAGAAGGCCAAGGGGAAAGCCAGCACGCUGGCGACUUUAAAAUAUGCCCUGAGGAGUGUGAAGCAGGUGAAAGCCAACGAGGAGUACUACCAGCUGCUCAUGGCCAGCGAGAAGCACUCGUGCGGCGCGGACGUGCCCUCCUAUACCCUCGAGGAGAUCCAGAGUGUCACCUCCGAGUUCAUCAUGAAGAACGCGGACAUGUUCGCUGCGGCCGUGUCCCUGGUCACCGGGAAGGUCCUGUACAUCUCCGACCAGGUGGCCUCCAUCUUCCACUGCCGGAGGGACGCCUUCCGUGACGCCAAGUUCGUGGAGUUCCUGGCGCCCCACGACGUCAGCGUGUUCCACAGCUCCACCACACCGUACAAGCUUCCGCCCUGGAGCGUCUGCAGUGGGGCAGAUUCCUUCACUCAAGAAUGCAUGGAGGAGAAAUCUUUCUUCUGCCGCGUCAGCGUCGGGAAGAGCCACGAGACCGAGGUCCGCUACCACCCGUUCCGCAUGACACCUUACCUGGUCCAGGUGCCGGAGCAGCAGGGCGCCGAGAGCCAGCUGUGCUGCGUGCUGCUGGCCGAGAGGGUGCACUCGGGCUACGAAGCCCCUAGAAUUCCUCCGGAAAAGAGAAUUUUUACGACCACACAUACACCCAAUUGUUUGUUCCAGGACGUGGACGAAAGGGCCGUCCCCCUCCUGGGCCACCUACCUCAGGACCUGAUCGAGACCCCCGUGCUUCUGCAGCUGCACCCCAGCGACAGGCCCUUGAUGCUCACCAUCCACAAAAAAAUUGUGCAGGCCGGCGGACAGCCCUUCGACUACUCGCCCCUGCGGUUCCGCGCCCGGAACGGGGAGUACGUCACGCUGGACAGCAGCUGGUCCAGCUUCAUCAACCCCUGGAGCAGGAAGAUCUCCUUCAUCAUCGGGCGGCACAGGGUCAGAGUGGGCCCUUUGAACGAGGACGUGUUCGCUCAGCCGUGCACGGAGGAGCAGCCGCUGCACCCGGGCACUCAGGAGCUCACGGAGCAGAUCCACCGGCUGCUGCUGCAGCCUGUGCCCCACAGCGGUUCCAGCGGCUACGGGAGCCUGGGCAGCAACGGGUCCCACGAGCACCUCAUGAGCCAGACCUCCUCCAGCGACAGCAACGGCCACGAGGACGCGCGCCGGCGAAGAGCCGAAAUUUCCAAAAAUGGUAACAAGGUCAAAACCAAAAGUCAUUAUUCUGAUGAAUCUGGAGAACAGAAGGGAAAAUCUGCCACAGACGUGCGAAAUGGUUCCCCUGCUCAGGGCACAGCCUUCCGGGACGCGGAGAAGGCCAGCUCAGGUGCCAGCCCGCCCAAGGCCGCCUUCCCCGAGGAGCUGGCCUGCAGGAGCCAGCCGGCCGGCUCCUACCAGCAGAUCAGCUGCCUGGACAGCGUCAUCAGGUACCUGGAGAGCUGCAGUGAGGCCACCACCCUGAAGAGGAAGUGUGAGUCCCCAGGGAACGCGUCCACGCAGAAGGCCAGUGACAAGCGGAAGGCCACCGGCAGCCCCGGGCCGCCCCCUGCAGAGGCAGCGGUGGCCCCCAGGGUGAACAGGCACGCGGACGUCAGCGCGCACUUGCCCUCGCUGACCCUGCCGGGCAAGGCGGAGAGCGUGGUGUCCCUCACCAGCCAGUGCAGCUACAGCAGCACCAUCGUGCACGUGGGCGACAAGAAGCCGCAGCCUGAGCUCGAGAUGGCGGAAGACCCCGCGAGUGGGCCCGAGUCCCUGGACUGCCUGGCGGGCCCUGCCGCCCCCUGCGGCCUCGGCCCGGAGAAGGAGCCCUUCAGGAGGCUGGGCCUCACCAAGGAGGUGCUGGCCGCCCACACGCAGAAGGAGGAGCAGAACUUCCUGCUCAAGUUCAAGGAGACAAGGAAACUCAACGUUCUCCAGUCGCGCUGCCAUUACUACUUGCACGAAAGGUCCAGGGGGCAGGCGAGCGACAGAGCUGCUCCUGGGCUGAGAAACACGUCUGGAAUAGACUCAUCAUGGAAAAAAACCGGGAAGAACAGAAAGCUGAAGUCCAAACGGGCCAAGCCACGGGACUCCUCCGAGAGCACGGGGUCCGGGGGGCCCGCGCCCCACCGGCCCCCGCUGGUGGGCCUGAACGCCACAGCCUGGUCGCCGUCGGACACGUCCCAGUCCAGCUGCCCCGCGAUGCCCUUCCCCAGCGCCGUGCCAGCCUACUCCCUGCCCGUGUUCCCAGCGCCCGGGAUUGUGCCAGCGGCGCCAGGGGCGGUGGCGGCGGCACCUCUGGAGCCCCACGCCAGCUUCGCGGUGCCCACCAUGCCCACGGACACCCCGCACGAGUUUGCGGUCCAGCCACCGCCGUUCGCUGCCCCCCUGGCCCCGGUCAUGGCCUUGGUGAUACCCAGCUACCCGUUCGCCCCCGUGGCGCCGAGCCUGCCGCCGGCCUUCCUCCCCAGCCAGAUGGUCCCUGCCUCGCAUCCCGAGCUCCCUGGUCGGACCUCGCCGCACAAGCAGCCCUGCGCCUGUCCUCGGGCAGAGCGGGGGCCCCCGGUGUCACGCGUGGCCACCCCGGCCACUCCGCCGUCGGCCACCGGGCCCUCGGGCCGGGCCUCCCCGCCCCUCUUCCAGUCGCGCGGCAGCUCCCCUCUGCAGCUCAACCUGCUGCAGCUGGAGGAGGCCCCCGAGGGCAGUGCCGGGGCCGCGGGGGCCGCGCCGGACUGCAAGCCGGGCACGUCCUGGGACUGGCCGCCAGCGGCACCGCCGACCGUGAGGAUUCCCUGCUGCUCCUUCUCCACCGCAGGCGGGCCCACAGCCGUCACGCGCGAGGAGCCCCCGGACGCCCAGAACAGCGACGCCCUCUCCACGUCCAGCGACCUGAUCGACCUCCUGCUGCGCGAGGACCUCUGCUCCGCCGAAGGGUCGGCCCCGUCGAGGAGCGGGGCCUCCGCCGCCUCCGACUCCCUGGGCUCCAGCUCGCUGGGCUGCGGCGCCUCCGGGAGCGGGACAGGCAGCAGUAACACGAGCCACACCAGCAAGUAUUUUGGAAGCAUUGACUCCUCGGAGGACAGCCGCAAAGCCAAGGCUCAGGCCGAGGCGGAGGAGCGCGAGCACUUCAUCAAGGGAGCCCUCCGGGACCCUGUCUGGCUGCUGCUGGCCGACGCGGACGACGGCGUCAUGAUGACGUACCAGCUGCCCUCCCGGAGCCUGGAGGCCGUCCUGAAGGCGGACAGAGAGAAGCUGCAGCUGCUGCAGAGGCUGCAGCCCCGCUUCACCGAGGGGCAGAAGCAGGAGCUGCAGGAGGUGCACCCGUGGGUGCGGGUGGGCGGCCUGCCCGAGGCCGUGGACGUGGCGGAAUGUGUUUACUGUGAAAACAAGGGACAGGACAACUUUUGCAUGCCGUACGAGGAAGACAGUCCUGCCCUGGCGCUCAGCGAAGCCACAGACCCCCAAGAAAAGGAACACGGACCCGCCCUGAGCCACAGAAACGAGGGGCAGACGUAACCCCCGCGCCCCGGCCCGCCCGACAGCCGGCGGUCUGCAGCCCAGGCCAGUGGAAGGGAACGGCUUCGCACCGGUUCCUAAGGAGAUGGACAGACAUAUUUUUGUUGUUGUUCGUUUUAGAGGAAAAAAAACCCAAAAACCAGUGUUUUGAAGAGGUGACUUAAAACUGUGGAGGGUGGGAGGGGUUU